GAUGGGCGGGAUUUAAACACCUCUCGAAGCUCAUUGGGUUCUCCAGCCGUCAGUCACAUUGUUUUCAGUCUUCAUUGGUUUACGGGUUCAAGAGGCGGAGCUCGGCAGUCAAGUGGACAUGGCCGACGGAGGCAGAUGGCGGCCACCGCGCCCCUGCGAGGCCUACCACGCGGAAUGGAAGCUCUGCCUAAGCGCCAGGCACUUUCUGCAUAGCUACUACGUGCACGGCAAGUGGCCGACCUGCGAGCAGUGGCACCGCGACCUGGCCAGCUGCCAGGCUUGGGAGCAGCACCACAGCGCGGAGGCCCAGAGAUCCCUUUGUAAGAGCGAGCAUGCAAGAAUCCAGGCUGAAAAGAAGCACAAUUUGGUGUGGGCCCUGAGGCAGACCCCCCCCGCAGACUGGCACCUUCCUCUGCCAGAAGAGAAAGACAAAUGAUGAGCAGCCGUGUGUAGCCUCUUCUCAUCUGUAGCAGGACUCUAAGGAUGGUGAUCAACCUAAAGUCUAACGUAUCCCUGGAGGUUUCCACAUGACUUCAAACAGAAACUAAUGUCUCCAGCUUUACUUCCCUGCCUUUCACCUGUCUACAGGGCACCCCACUACUGCUGUACUCUGAAAGACAAAUGGGCCCACUGCACAGUUUCCAGGAAGCCCGGUACCAUCGCAUAUUUCUGGACAUCCAGGUCAAGUGGACUCACAUUAUUCACCCACUCCCAAGCCGACAAUAGUACAGGGGAAUGCCACCAUGAGGUCUAGAAUCCUCUGGUAAACUGAAUGGUAGCCCUGGUAUGUGGCAGCUAAAUGACUGUGCUGUGAUGAACAACCUUCCUGAUCUUGGCUUGGUGAUGACAUUGCCUUGCUGGCACUGGUGUUACACUCUACUGCUGCUGCCCACAUGCCCACAUGCCAGGUGCUGCUCUGCAUCACAGAUGGCCUGUGCCUCUGAGUCAGUGCUAUGCACUAUCUAGGCUCUUGGUAUACCCCUUGGAAACGAUUUUCAAAUUCAUAUGGAUACAUAACACACAAGCUAACAUGGAAAGGGGUCAUGGAGACAGGGGCCAGGCACUUGGUAAAGCACACAUAUCACUAUGCGCUAAGGAUACUGGUUUGAGCCUCUUCUCCCCACCUGCAGGAAGAACGAUGGUCCAUGAGCAAGUGAAGCAGGUCUGCAGAUGUCUGUCUCCGUAUCUCACCUUCCCUGUCAGUUUCUCUGCCAAAAAAGGAUGGAUCAUGGACUCAUGAAUUAAAACCAUGCCUCAGACAUAUGGACUUUAGUUCUCCUUGCCUCAGUUUCCCCUGUUCACUUUUCAAAUAAGAGAUGCCUCAAAGAUAAUUUCAUAUAUUUGAUUCUAGAGGCUGAGAAUUAAGUCUGUAUUUGUUGAACUCAUGACUUUUCAGACCUGACAUUAUUGUGCCAAGCAGUAUUAGAAUUUUAUAUGCUUUAUAAUGCUUGUAGAUGCUUUCAAAAUAUAUGUGUGUGAAUCUAAUAAGAACACUCUAUUGCUACUACUAGUAAUAUGGUUUAUGGUUAUGUCAGCAACCCUGUGCUUGUGAUGCUAAAGAUGAUGCUGUGAGGCCCCGGAGCCUUCCUGCUCUUUUCUGACCGGUGGGAGCCCGACGUUUAGUUCCUCCCUCAGGAGUAGGCCCCAACCUGAAAACAGUCAAACAUCUUUUCACUUACCCUUUAGGACAGAAUAAUCUUAUCACUUCAGAAUGACAUACAUUAAAGAAUAAAAUUUG